CUGUUUCUCUCACAUACACACACCAAAGCCGCUGAUGGUUGUUAAAUCCCUGCAGGACGCCAUUGGCAGGCAGUUGGUGGGUGUGGUCUUCACUGAUUUGUUUAACACACCAGAGUUUAAAAAAAGAUAAGCCACGUCCGUUUACUGACGACACCCUCCGUCUCUCUCUCCUCUUCAUUCGCAACAUUUCUCUCAGUCUGGCUCUGGCACUGUUGCUCCGGCAUUCACUAGGUAAAGUUUCAACACUGUAGGACUGGCAAGUGGUUCAGUACACUCAAAGUGUAAACUUUAUCUGAAGCCUUUUUUGUGGAGAUCCAUCUUUCACCAGUUUUCCCCUUGUGGCGAGCCCAGCCUAGAUAGAAGAUGUAUCUCCCGUUAGCCGUGGUGAUAUGUCUGUCAACUGUCCAGCUGUGUUUGGGAGAUGAGCCAGUGAAGGAAGUCGUGACAAAAAAGAAAAUGGCUCUCCUGGGUGGCUGGUUUGACAGGCAUCCAGAGUCAGCUGAGGUUCAGGAGGCAGCUCGACAUGCUGUGGAGAUGUUCAACACACACUCCAAGAGCAACAAGAUGUUCAAACUGGUCUCCAUCAACACCGCUCAGACUCAGGUGACCAAUGUGAUCAACUUCAAGAUUGACGCGGUCCUGGGAAAAACCAAGUGCCUGAAGGCUGAAAACCAUGACUUGGAAAGCUGCAGUCUGGUGAAAAAGCGUUUGAACUGCCACUUUGUGGUAACUUUCAACCAUCGCAAAAACAAACAUGAGCUGGAGACACACAAGUGCAGGACACUUGUGGACAAUGUUUAAUUUGUUUUUUUUAGUUUAGCUCUAUAGCUUUGCCUACAUGAUUGCAUUUUGAUACAAUGUUGUCUUUUCUGAACCCAGUCUCAAUAAAAGCUGUUUUGAAGUGAGGUUUGUUACCACAAUGU